UAACACACAUAGCUAUUUCCUCAACUCUUUCUGUCAACUCUCGGUGAUGCGGCAGUGAGGAUGCUGCUGCAACAAGCGAAAAGCUUCCACACAGUAGUUGUAAAACAAAACUUCUGUCUUUCAUAGUAUCAAAAUGUUGCGUGUUGUGGUAGAAUCCGCCAAAGGUUUACCAAAAAAGAAGAUCGGGAGUCCUGAUCCUGUCGCAUCUGUUGUUUUUAAAGAUGAAAAAAAGAAAACCAAAACAAUAAACAAUGAAUUAAACCCAGUCUGGAAUGAGGUGCUUGAGUUUGACUUGAAAGGUUCUGCGCUUGACUCGUCAUCCUACAUCGAUGUGAUUGUGAAAGACUUUGAGACUCUAGGGAAAGACAAGCUACUGGGGUCUACGAAAGUCUCUCUGAGAGACCUAGCCACUGGCCAGGUCAAAUCCCUCCCAUCCAAAAAUCUUCCCCUCAUCAAUGAAAAGGGGCAGGACAUUGGAGCUACAAUCGACCUUGUGAUUGGGUACGAUCCGCCAGCCGGUGCUGUUCCCAAUCCUAACAACUCACAGGAUGGGACCACAGCAGGGGAUGCUGGGGGUGGAGAUGAGGAGGAGAAUGUGGACCUGGCUGAUGGGGGCCAGCCUGGCUCCUCAGGUGGGGGUUCCUCCCCAGGCCUACCAGGCAACGCCACCCAGGCCAUGGUCAGGAGGGCCAGGAACCGUAGCAGACCGCUAUCCAACAAACCCCAGGACUUCCAGAUCCGAAUCAGGAUCAUAGAAGGCCGCCAGUUUCCCGGAAACAACAUCCAGCCUGUGAUCAAGGUCAACGUGUGUGGACAGACCCACCGGACACGGAUCAAGAGGGGCAACAACCCAUACUUUGAUGAGAUAUUCUUCUACAACAUCAACAUGUUGCCCUCAGAGCUUUUCGACCAGCAAAUCAGCAUCCGGGUCUACGACUCUUUUUCUCUGAGAGCUGACAGUCUGAUGGGAGAGUUCAAGCUGGAUGUGGGCUAUGUCUAUGAUGAGCCAGCCCACUCUGUCAUGAGGAAAUGGCUUCUGCUCAGCGACCCAGAUGACUCUAGUUCUGGGGCGAAGGGUUAUCUGAAAGUCAGCCUGUUCAUUGUGGGGACAGGGGAUGAGCCUCCGGCAGAGAAGAGGGAGUCCAACGAUGACCAGGAUGACAUAGAAAGUAACCUCCUCCUCCCUGCAGGGGUCACCUUGCGGUGGAUCACCCUGGCUCUCAAGGUGUUCAGAGCUGAGGACAUCCCCCAGAUGGAUGAUGCAUUUAUCCAGUCAGUGAAAGAGAUCUUUGGAAGAGACUCAGACAAAAAGAACCUGGUCGACCCUUUCCUUGAGGCCCGCUUUGCUGGUAAAAAGCUGUGUACACAGGUCAUCGAGAAGAAUGCCAACCCUGAGUGGAACCAGUUACUGAAUCUUCAAGUCAAGUUCCCGUCCAUGUGUGAAUGCAUCAAACUAACAGUCUUCGACUGGGAUCGUCUUACCAGGAAUGAUGCUAUUGGCACCACUUAUCUGAACCUGGCCAAGAUUGCCUCUUCUGGAGGAGAAAUAGAAGAUGAACAUGCAGGAUAUGGGGCCAAUAACGAAUAUAAAGGAAAGACGGGGGAGUCUGAGGUGGGCUUCCUGCCUGCGUUCGGCCCCUCCUACGUCAACCUUUAUGGGAGCCCUCGAGAGUUCAGCGGUCUCCCUGACCCUUAUGAGGACCUCAACUUCGGCAAGGGAGAAGGAGUGGCCUAUCGGGGAAGGGUCCUGGUUGAACUCACUACUAAACUAGAAGGCAAGCCAGACAAGCCUGUGGACAGCAUCUCCAGUGAUGACAUACUGGUGGUCCAGAAGUACCAGCGGAGAAGGAAGUUCUGUCUGUGUGCCGUGUUCCACAGCGCCAGCAUGCUGCAGGAACCGGGAGAGCCAAUCCAGUUUGAGGUCAGUAUCGGUAACUACGGCAACAAACUGGACACCACCUGCAAACCCCUGGCCUCCACGACCCAGUACAGCUGUGCUGUGUUUGACGGUAACCACUACUACUACCUUCCGUGGGCAGACACUAAGCCUGUGGUGGUGGUGACGUCCUUCUGGGAGGACAUCAGCCAUCGUCUGGACGCUGUCAACAUCAUCCUGCACAUCGCGGACCGCCUGCAAUCCAACAUCAGUGCGAUGAAAACGGCCAUGUUGGCUAAGAUGCCCGACACUCAACUGGCAGAGAUCUGGUUGAAGCUAGUCAGCCAGCUCAUUGAUGAUAUGGAGAGUGUUCAUAUGCCAGAGCUGGAGGGCAAACCCAACCUGACUGCCCUGGACCUCCAGAUCAAGAAGCUGAGAGACAGUGCCAUGGCAACCAUAUUGGACGGAGCGAGGUGUAUGAGAGAGGAAGCUGUGGAGAUCCGAGACACCCUGGGAGACAUUGAGGCCUGGCUGGAGAAACUCAGCCAGCUGGCUGAUGAGCCUCAGAACAGCAUGCCAGACGUGAUCGUGUGGAUGCUGAGAGGAGAGAAGAGGGUGGCCUACAGCCGUGUCCCUGCUCACCAGCUGCUCUACUCCACACACAGCCAGGAAGCCUGUGGACAGCACUGCGGACGCACACAGACCAUCUUGAUGAAGUAUCCCAUGGAUAAGAACAAGGGUCUGAAGGUUCCAGUGCAGGUUCGGGUCAACAUGUGGCUGGGCCUGUCUGCUCACGAGAAGAAGUUCAAUGCUUACUCAGAAGGCACCUUCAGUGUAUUCGCUGAACUGUAUGAGAACCAGGCGGAGAUGUUUGGGAAGUGGGGCACCACGGCCCUGGUGGGACGUUACAAGUUUUCUGAUGUGACGGGCAAGCUGAAGCUGAAGCAGGAGUUCUUCAUGCCGCCCCCAGGCUGGGAGUGGGAGGGGGACUGGUUCAUAGACCCAGAGAAGGGGCUGUUGACAGAGGCGGAUGCCGGACACACAGAGUUCCUGGACGAGGUCUAUCAGAAUGAGACCCGCUUCCCUGGAGGAGACUGGAAGCCUGCUGCAGAGCCCUACACUGAUGUGAAUGGGGAGAAGACCCAGAGUCCAGGGGAGAUUGAGUGCCCAGCAGGCUGGACCUUGCAAGAUGAGUGGACUGUAGAUGACAACAGAGCCGUUGAUGAGAAAGGUUGGGAGUAUGGUGUGACCAUCCCUCCGGAUAACAAGCCCAAGUCCUGGGUUCCUGCUGAGAAGGUCUACCAUGUCCACCGCAGGAGGAGGCUGGUCAGGCCCCGGAGCAGGACGGCCGGCCCCCCUGGGGGAUCGCCCACGGAGCGACGGAUCCAAGGAGACCCAGAGGGCUGGGAGUUCUCAUCCCUGAUUGGCUGGAAGUUCCACAGGAAGCAGCGCUCAUCGGACACGUUCCGUCGCCGGCGUUGGAGGAGGAAGAUGGCACCUGCCAACACCCUCGGAGCCGCUGCCAUAUUUAAACUGGAGGGGGCGCUGGGGAUUGACACAGAUGAGAAAGGCCAGAAGACUGAUGCUACCAAGCUGUUUGGAGCCAACACACCCACUGUGUCCUGCUCUUUCGACAGGUCCUAUCGCUAUCACUUGAGAGUCUAUGUGUACCAGGCCAAGAACCUAGUGGCCAUGGACAAAGACAGCUUCUCUGACCCGUACGCCCACGUGUCCUUCCUGCAUGUCAGUCAGUCCACGGAGAAGCUGUCAGCCACGCUGAACCCCACCUGGGACCAGACCCUCCUCUUCCACGACGUGGAGAUCCACGGCGACCCCGACACCAUCGCCCAGAACCCCCCCAAGGUGGUCCUCGAGCUGUACGACAACGACCAAGUGGGUAAGGAUGAACUGCUGGGCAGGACUGUGUGUGCCCCGCUGGUGAAGUUGAAUGCGGGCAUGGAUCAGGUACCCAAGCUGCUGUGGCAGCCCGUCAUGCAGAGAGGCCAGCCAGCAGGGGAUGUUCUGGUGGCAGCUGAACUCAUACUGAAGGACAAGGGGAAUGAGACGGAGCUUCCCCUGGUUCCUCCCAGGAGAGGGGAGAACCUCUACAUGGUUCCUCAGGGCAUCCGGCCGGUGGUGCAGCUCACCGCUAUCGAGAUCCUGGCGUGGGGUCUGCGUAACAUGAAGACGUACCAGCUGGCCACGGUGUGCUCUCCCAGCCUGGUGGUGGAGUGUGGGGGCGAGAGGGUGGAGUCUGUCGUCAUCAAGAACAUCAAGAAGAGCCCCAACUUCCCAGGAUCUGUCCUUAUCAUCAAAGCGCUCCUUCCUAAAGAUGAGAUGUACACUCCUCCCAUCGUGCUGAAGGUGAUCGACCACCGUCCUUUCGGCAGGAAGCCGGUGGUGGGACAGUGUACCAUCAGCAACCUGUCCGACUUCCGCUGUGACCCCUAUGUCGCCAGGGCUGAGGUCGCCAUGUCAUCCAAAAUGGCUCUGAUGAUGGCUGCCCCACCCAGAGAUGUCUCCAUUCACAUGGGUGACAGGGGACCCCUGCUGGAGGAUCAGCAUGCUGAGAAGGAGAAGGAGCUGGUCGACUGGUGGAGCAAAUUAUACGCCUCCAUAGGAGAGCAAGAGAAAUGUGGUCCCUACCUGGAGAAAGGCUACGACACCUUGAAGGUGUAUGACUGUGAGCUGGAGCAGGUCCCAGAGUUCCAAGGGCUGACAGACUUCUGCAGCACCUUCAAGCUGCACAGAGGCAAGAACGAGGAUGGAGUGGACGACCCCACCGUGGUCGGAGAAUUCAAGGGUUCGUUUAAGUUGUACCCACUGUCAGACGACCCUGGCAUAGCUCCUCCUCCUCGCCAGUUCCGUGAGCUGCCAGACAGCGGGCCGCAGGAGUGCCUGGUCAGGAUCUACAUCAUCAGGGGCAUCGACCUGCAGCCUAAAGACAACAACGGCAUGUGUGAUCCGUACAUCAAGAUCGCAUUAGGAAAGAGGAGCGUUGAUGACAGAGAUAACUACCUACCCAACAACACCAACCCUGUGUUCGGAAAGAUGUUCGAGCUGAGCUGCUUCCUGCCUCAAGACAAGGACCUGAAGAUCUCUGUGUACGACUACGAUCUGCUGACUCGUGAUGAGAAGGUCGGCGAGACGGUGAUCGACCUGGAGAAUCGAUUCCUUUCUCGUUUCGGUUCCUACUGUGGUCUGCCGCAGACCUACUGCCUGACAGGGAUCAACCAAUGGCGUGACCAGAUGAAGCCAUCUCAAAUCCUCCAGAACCUGGCUCGUCUCAAGGGAAUCCCCCCUCCCAGGACGGAGGACAAUGGAAACACUCUGAAGUUCCACGGCCAGGAGUACCGCCUGGAAGAGUUUGAGGCUAACAAGAAGAUCCACCAGCACCUGGGCCCACCUAAUGAGAGGAUCUGUCUGCACGUACUCAAGAAACAGACUCUGGUACCAGAGCAUGUGGAGAGCAGAACACUUUACAGCAGCUUCCAGCCUACUCUCUCUCAGGGAAAACUCCAAAUGUGGGUGGACAUUUUCCCCAAAAGUCUGGGUCCUCCUGGGCCUCCUUUCGACAUAUUUCCACGCAAGGCGAAAAAAUAUUUCCUUCGAGCCAUUAUCUGGAACACAACAGAAGUGAUCUUGGAUGAGACCAGCAUCACUGGCGAGAACAUGAGUGACAUCUAUGUUAAAGGCUGGAUGCCAGGCAUGGAGGAGGACAAGCAGAAGACAGACGUUCACUACAGGUCUCUAGAUGGAGACGGGAACUUUAACUGGAGGUUUGUUUUUGAGUUCGAGUACCUGCCUGCUGAGCAGCUGUGUCUGGUCUCCAAGAAGGAGCACUUCUGGAGUCUUGACAAAACUGAGUUCCGUACCCCCCCAAAGUUGAUUGUUCAAAUAUGGGACAACGAUAAGUUCUCAUUAGAUGAUUACCUAGGCACGGUGGAGCUGGACCUGCGGAACCUGGUGCCACCCGCCAAGAUGCCAGCAAAGUGCUCUCUGGAAAUGAUGGAUGGGAAACAAGGGGUGCAGUCCAAGACUGAUCUGUCCGCCUCACUGUUCGCCCAGCACUCUGUCAGGGGCUGGUGGCCCUGCUUCAUAGAGCAGGAUGGCAAGAAGGUCAUAGGAGGGAAGGUAGAGAUGACUCUUGAGAUCAUCAGUGAGAAGGACGUGGAUGAGAAACCUGCUGGAAAGGGGAGAGAUGAACCCAACAUGAACCCCAAGCUGGACUUUCCCAAGCGACCAGACACUUCAUUCUUCUGGUUCACCAACCCCUGUAAGACCAUGAAGUUCAUUGUGUGGCGCAGGUUCAAGUGGAUCUUCAUUGGUCUGAUCAUACUGAUCAUAGUGCUGCUCUUCCUUGCUAUCUUGCUCUACUCACUGCCGAACUACAUAUCAAUGAAGAUUGUGAAGCCAUUCCAGUGAGGGGAAACUUCUCAAGACAACAUGAGAUCUUAUUUCAUGUGUCUAGAUUAUAGACCAAAGAAAGUUCAGACAAAAGUCCUACAUUGUGUUUGCAACCAGACUAUGGGAGUGACAAUAUAUGAAAAAAAUUGUUAUUUGACAUGUUGAACAAAGAUUUCUACUGCAUCUUGCACUUAUUAGAAACAAUUUUACGAUAUGUGUUUUACAUUCCUAUGUUCACAGUUAUGUCUGUUUAAUGUCUUUUAAAAGGAUCACGUCAUCAAAAUACUGAAUGCACUUAAAAAAUAUAUAUUUUAUUCAUACGUAAUGUGAGAAAAUAUGGGGUAAAAUAAAGACGACCUACUUGGAAAAUGUG